AUGGGAAAGCAGCUAAUAUCUCGGGAUUAAGUAUGCUCGAACUUUCUGCCAUUCAUGUGGUACCGCAUUUCGGCAAUACGUUCGCUACUACUCAAUGAAUUAUCCGCCUUCGCUGAAUUGGAGCAAAGGGUAUGGAUUGAACUUAGAACAGAAGCGAAAUCUAGUCGCGUUUCCCGUCAAGUAUACGAUUAUUGCGAAUGCGAAUAUCACAAUGAUUGCCCUCGAGGGGCUCCUGGAAGAAGAGGCAUCCCUGGAGAAGAUGGCAUUCAUGGCAAAAAUGGAGCGCCAGGAUUGCCUGGUGCUCCCGGAAUCCUACCAGCAACCCUUUAUCAGCAUAUUGAUGGUUGCAUGGUCUGCCCCUUUGGAUCAAAAGGAAAGCAGGGAGCACCUGGACCACCAGGACCACAGGGUAUGGCUGGGAGUGCUGGUAGAAACGGGCACAACGGAAUUCCUGGCGCCAAAGGCUCCCCUGGGGAGGACGGACCGCCAGGGACGAGUGGAGGACCAGGCUCAGACGGUAGGUGGUCUCUUUAUUUUUUAUUAAGGAUGUUGACAGUAGUCCACAUGAAUGGGUAA